UGUCCUCGGAGUACUCCUUGUAACGCAUCUGAACAGCACACAGCGCAAUCCUAACAAUUUGGUGACCCCGACGUGAUACUCUCAAUCAGGUAAGACAUGUUUGAUUGACUACCUGGUUGGAAGUAGCUCCGUAGUGCCCUAAGGAGGGCUUUGUUUUCCCUGGUUCGAGUCCAGGAAGAGCGCGCUAUAGAAAUUUGUGUAGCGCCCUAAGGAGGGCUUGGUUUUCCCUGGUUCGAGUCCAGGAAGAGCGCGCUAUAGAAAUUUAGAUAAAUAUCUGCUGUUUGUUUCUGUUCAGAUCCGUUUGCUUUACUGUACGAUGGGGGGCUCGUAUCCUAAACCUGAGGUCACAGACACCCCGGCGGAAUGGAUGAAUAAGUGCGGUUUAGGCUAUUACGUUACGCCGUGGCUGGACAAUUUGGCUGGGUGGACGGAGGCAAAUCCUCAGAUUCCAUAGUAUCCCCGUGAUGGGACGUUUAAUCCAGGUUUCCUUGCUUCAGCGCACCGUAUGAUUUAUGAAAGCUUAGGCGAUCCGGAUUGGGACCGCCCUUAUAUGCGCGCAGGGUAUGAUAAAUGGUUUGACAUGAAGAAGGUAUGGGAUAAAUCAAAGGGUGUUUACACCCCGAGACCUGUUUUAAAGGCUAUUCCAAAACCAAAACUUUCUCAGUCAACCUCCCAUGUAAAAGCGAGGGAGGAAUAGUUACGUCCCACUCAUUCCUCAUCUCACAUACAUGUCCAGUAAAUUUGUUAGCACAUGAUUUAAUGUGCAAAUUAGAAGUAAAUCUCACAUCCACUCCAGAUGGACUAACUAUUGAAGUAAGUGAAAUGUGCGGUGUGCAGUAUGGGUUUGGAAGCCCUCUGUAUGUGUAUGUCUGGCAGCUCUGUUCAGAUCAGCUCGCACAUUUGAACACCUCAUCAGUUGACACAGAUUAUAUGAUGAGGAGCGUUUGCUCGAAAUAGUCGAUGUGUUGCAACCUAGAAAUGACGUCGCUGUGAAUAUAAAGGAAGAAAUAGCUCCGGCUCAGGAAGGUGGCCGUCCGCGUCAGCGCACCGUGUCGAUAUUUUUUUUUGGAGGGACACACCGAAUGCUUUGCAGCUCCUGCGUGAGCAGUUAACUAGGUAUUUCUCCGCCUGAUGUUUUUGCCCUAUCCAGUUCUGUGCUGCCACAUAACAUUCUGAACGCUGCUUGUACGUCCCAAGCUCUUUCCCCCGUUCUCUCUGCUCUUCCUAACACCCUGUGGGCGGAUCAUAAGGACGAUGUGGGCUCUGUGAGCUGCUCUCCGUAUGAAGCUGUUAUUAAACACUCUACACCUGUUUAUGUUAAACAAUACCCUCUGUCUCCUAGUAAGCUCAAUGGUAUUGACAAUAUUCUACAAUCUCUUUUGCAGCAAGGUGUCGUGGUUCCUUGUGUCAGCCCGUAUAACACCCCAGUGAACCCGGUCCCAAAACCGGAUGGCACAUGGCGCCUCACUCAAGACCUACGUAAAAUAAAUGAACUCAUCGUUCCCGUGGCUCCAGUGGUCCCUGACGUUCUUUCUCUUAUGUCUUCUAUUCCGUGUGACCAUGCUUAUUUCUCUGUGAUUGAUUUGUGCUCUGCCUUUUACAGUGUUCCUGUGGGCCAUGAGACUCAGCCCCUGUUUGCUUUCACACACAGGGGAAGACAAUACACGUGGACGCGGUUGCCACAGGGUUUCAUUGACUCACCGGCGGUCUUCACUGCCGUAUUGCGGGACGCGCUGGCUGAUCUCUGUCUUCCCCGGGGCUCCACGGUGCUCCAGUACGCGGAUGAUCUCCUGGUAACGGCGGAGGAUCAAGACGCUUGUGCUGCCGCCACAUUGUCUCUCCUCACACUCCUGGCGCAGAAGGGUUUCAAGGUCUCCCGCACGAAGUUGCAGUUUUGCCUCACAACUGUUCGCUACUUGGGACAUGACCUCUCUCAGGGUUCCAGGAGGCUUAGCCCGGAACGCGUUCAAGUCAUUAUGGACACUCAGGUACCUGCAACCAAGCACGCUCUCAUGGCAUUUCUGGGCCUCAUCAAUUACUGUCGUCAAUGGAUCCCUGACUGUUCAAUCUAUGACAAGUGUUUGCGUUCAGCUAUAAGUCACUCAGAUCCUUUGACUCAGCCCCUGGUCUGGACUGAGGACAGGCUAACGGCCUUCAAGGCUCUGAAGCAAGCUUUGUGCUCCGCCCCUGCUCUCGGGCUGCCGAACUAUCGUUUGCCGUUUCACCUGUAUGUGUGCAAUCAGAGGGGGACCGCCUCUGGGGUGCUGGCUCAGGAGCACGGGGGGGGGGCAUGCGACCUUGCGCGUUUCUGUCUAAAACUCUUGACGCUGUGGCACAAGGGCUUCCUGGCUGUCUUAGGGCUGUUGCUGCGUGUGCUCUCAUGGUCACGGACGCUGAAAAACUUGUUUUGUUGCAUCCGCUCAUUUUACACACUUCACAUGACGUCGUGUACAUUCUGCGGAAUCUUAGCACUCAGCAUUUGUCUGCUCAGCGUCGCUCUGGCUAUGAGUUUAUUCUUUUGGCCACAGAGCAUCUCACUGUUAAGCCCUCCUCGUCGUUUGAUUCUGUCGCCCACGCUCUUCAGCGUCUUCUUAACUCACAGGAUGACGAUGUUGCGUUUGACUCACAUGACUGUCUUUCUAAUAUCGUUUUUGAGACUAGCAUCCGCCCAGACUUACACUCCACCCCUCUUUCCACAGGCGAUUCUCUUUUUGUAGAUGGUUCCUGUUCCCGCCCUGCGGAUGGUGUGUUCCUGUGUGGUUACUCUGUUUGUCGCCUCCCUGAUGAAAUUGUUGAAGCUCAUUCUUUGCCUUUUUCUUCUGCUCAGGCUGCGGAGCUCUAUGCUUUGACUCGUGCGUGUAUUUUGGCUCAAGACACAGACGUUACUAUUUACACCGACUCACGCUACGCUUUCGGCGUGGCGCACGACUUCGGCCGCAUUUGGGCGUCUCGGGGGUUUACGACAGCCGACGACUUUUGUGUUUCAGAAAGUUGCUGUGACAAUAGCUGACGGCCUUUUCAGGGAUCCCCUUCCAGCAUCUGGAGCAAUCCAGUUUCGGCUGAUCUACAAAGAGGGGAUGGUUGGUGAGUCUUGCAAAGUUCUGGGCUGAAGAGUCUGAAAAGCACGGGAGCCUGUGACAUUUUUCGCCGUCUGCACCCUGUGAGCAUUAGAGAACAAAGUCAGUGACCAGUAUGACUUUCUUCAUCAUCGUGCUGAUCUCAACGCUUGGGGCAGGGUUACCCGCACAAGCAAUACACCGGGACCCAAGGGAUAACGAGUUUUAGAAAUAUGUAAACUUCACUGUAAAAACAUCAAUGAAUAUGAGUAAACCCUGUUAUGUGUGUUCUUUGUUACCCCAUGACAGCAGCGCUCCUUUUCCGGUCCGAAUAGCCCCGUCUAACUACUCUAAGGUUAAUAUGACAUGGCUCAGCCUGUGGCCCGUUUCUUUUCCGUUGUUGCAUGGAUCGUAUAUAUAAUAUGAUGAUCUCACACACAGGUUAUGUCCCUGUGUCGGCCAAGACUGGGGUGUGAAUAAUACUCUGGGCUUGCGUCAGAGUAUUAAAGAGGGGAUUGUAAGAAUAUAAUCCUGAAUACUCCUAAACCUACUCUUGUAAAUGCGCGGCCCAAGGGUGACUGUCGUUUAGUGUAGCAGUUUAGGGUUUACUUUAGGCCAGCUACAAUACAGUACGUGCUGCUCUGUACAUUUUGCAUUUCCACAUGUUCUGUUCCCGUUUCAUAUCCUGAUUUUGUCUAUGUUUUUGUGUGAAACAUCCUGUUGAACUGUGCAUAACUCUUGUGUGACCUUGAUACUGAGUGUGCAAAGCACAUUCCGUAAUUUUCCACUGCUGAUACUCCCUACGCAGAGUGUAUAUAAA